GAAUCUCUCUGAUUUGUUUUUAGAGGUUCUCUCGUUUUCAUUCUCUCUCAUUUUUUUUUUAUUUUUUAUAUUUUUUUAAUUAUGAAAACCCUUUUCAGAAACUACGGUUGGGUGUUCUAAAAAAACUCAGUGACAAGUAUUUUAUUUUCUCGUUACAACGAAACAAAUUUUUAGGGUUUUGAAGAGUCUCCCUCUCGUCGCCGUUCUUCUUCCAAUCAACGGAAAUGGGUUUCUCCGCGAUAUGGAAUUCUCAUCCAAAGAAGUACGGACCUGGAUCUCGCACCUGCCGUGUUUGCGGGAACUCCCACGGGUUGAUUAGGAAGUAUGGUCUGAACUGCUGCAGACAGUGCUUCCGCAGCAAUGCCAAGGAGAUUGGCUUCAUCAAGUACCGUUGAUGUAGCACCAACCAGUCCAUGUUGGAUGCUUAUAAUAUACACAUGAUGGCAUCGAUGGAUUUUCCUUUGGUCGUCUUUCUAGUUUUGAUAUUAUGAAUUGAGAAUGUUUGUUUUACUUAUUUAUAUUUAAGUUGUUGAACCUUUCCCAAAGAUAGUUGUUGCCUUGUCUUAUAAAGCUUUAUGUCUUUGUUUUGAAGGUUGAAUGAUGAUGUUUGUCUUAGUAUUUUAUUGCUUGUUUUAUUAGUCUAUUACAAUAUAUUGUGAUUCUUGUUUUUCA